AGCAGCUCCAUCCUUCACCUCAACAACACACGAAUUUGUCCUUAUUCUAUUUUCAUCCAAAGCCAUGGCCAUCAACUUCAGCUCACUAACCAUAUUAGCCCUCUCUGCAACUUUAUUUCUCCAGAUUUCAAUAGCUACCGCGCAGUUGUCGACAAACCACUACUCCACGUCGUGCCCCAGAGCUCUUUUCACCAUCAAGGCCGGAGUGCUGAAAGCCGUCGCAAAGGAGCGUCGCAUGGCCGCGUCCUUGCUUCGCCUUCAUUUCCAUGAUUGCUUCGUCAAUGGUUGUGAUGCAUCAGUUCUCCUUGACGACACUUCAAGUUUCACGGGAGAAAAAACAGCCGGCCCCAACAACAACUCGUUGAGGGGUUUCGAAGUGAUUGAUUCCAUUAAGUCCGAACUUGAAAGCUUGUGCCCCGGUGUCGUUUCCUGUGCUGAUAUUUUGGCCGUUUCUGCCCGGGAUUCGGUUGCUGCGGUGGGCGGACCUUUCUGGGCAGUUCCGUUGGGAAGAAGGGACUCAACCACGGCAAGUUUAGAUGCUGCUAACACUGAUAUUCCAUCCCCAGUCAUGGAUCUUUCUGACCUCAUUUCUGCCUUCUCAAACAAAGGCUUCUCUGCUAAAGAAAUGGUUGCACUUUCAGGUGCUCACACGAUAGGCCAAGCGAGAUGCGUGGUGUUCCGCGACCGCAUCUACAACGAGAGCAACAUUUUCGCCUCAUUCGCAACAUCCUUGAAAUCAAACUGUCCCAGCAGCGGCAGCGACGACAGUCUUUCCCCCAUCGACGCAACCACCCCAGGGUCGUUCGACAACAGUUAUUUCAAGAAUCUAGUGAGUAACAAAGGCCUCAUGCACUCCGACCAACAGCUCUUCAGCGGUGCUUCCACAGACUCUCAGGUCACUGCUUACACCAACAAUCCUGCAGCAUUCUUCGCCGACUUCGCCAGCGCCAUGAUCAGAAUGGGGAACCUGAGCCCACUUACGGGAAGCAGCGGUGAGAUCAGGAGCAACUGCAGGAAAAUAAACUAAGCUUUGGGUAUAAAAUUUGUCAUCGUUUUACUCGAAAUGGAGUUAAUAAAUGGAAGGAAUAAGUCAACUACGUAGGUAUGUAACACUACAGGAAGGAAGGAGAAACCAACAAUUUGUAACACUUUCUGUUCUUCAUUUGUUUUUGUUGAGUAUCAUUUCCCUUUUUUUUGCAA